AAAAAUCGGGUAGACACAUUCAUUCUACUAGCAACAUUCAAAGCGCGUAGAUCUAAGUUCGAAUAAUAAACUAAAUAAGAAAAUUUUUAUAAAUAUAUUUCCUAAAUUCACAAGCCCAACCAUGCCUAUGUCUCAUGGGGAUGGAAGCUUCCAGGGCAACGGAGAUCUGGCCAAGAAUGAGUCCACCUCGCAGCAAUCGAUGGGGGAGCCCAAUGCAUUUGCCGCCUGCCAGAAGCCGCGUCCGGAUGCCAAUUCCCUGCCGGUGCGCCAGUACCUCGACCAGACCGUGGCCCCCAUCCUGCUCCAUGGACUGCAGGCUCUAGCCCGCGAUCGUCCAGAUGAUCCGGUCAGCUACCUGGCCACCUAUCUCCUGAAGAACAAGAACCGAACCUUUGACGUCAAUGUGGAUGAAAGUUAACCACCUUUGUCGCACUUAUUUUUUUAACGUUUGUCAAGCACUGCUGUAUGCCGAUUUUCAUUCCCCCAAAUUCACUCUUGUCUUGUAUACAACUUAUCGCUGAUUAAAAAGCUGUGUAACUUACCAGCCACGAUUUCAUGGUGA